GUAUGAAGAGUAAAUUGGAACUCUAAUUAAUAAUACAAGCAACUCUAGCAGAUUUAAUUUUUUUUUAAACUAUUUCAUUCGAAAGCAUUAUCUAACUCCAAUUUGAAAAAUUCAAAAUUGCAUAAACUAAUUUUAUCCCUUCUCCAAGAUGUUUAAUGAAAUUUUAAGUAAAUCAUAUAAAUUACAAUAAAGAGGUUUAUUGGCUUAAAUCAGGUCGAUAUAAAAAGCAUGUUCAAAAAUGGCAAAGGAGAAACUCAAAGAGUUGUAUUUUUUUGA